AUGGAGCUUAAGCAAAACACCACCAUCGUCGUUCUCGGCGCUUCUGGUGAUCUUGCGAAAAAGAAGACGUACCCUGCGCUCUUCGGUCUGUACCGAAACCAGUUCCUCCCUCAAGAUGUCAAGAUCGUCGGAUAUGCCCGUACCAAGAUGGACCACGAGGAGUACAUUCGACGUAUCAAGUCAUACAUGAAGACCCCCACAAAGGAGUCUGAGCAACAACUCGAGGAGUUCUGCAAUCUCUGCACCUAUGUCUCCGGUCAGUACGACAAGGAUGAGUCGUUCCAGGUCCUCGAGCAGCAUCUCCAGGACAUCGAGAAGGGUCGCGCCGAGGCCCAUCGACUCUUUUACAUGGCCCUGCCUCCCAGUGUCUUCACCAUUGUUUCGCAGCACCUGAAGAAGGUGUGCUAUCCCUCAAAGGGUAUUGCGCGCGUUAUUGUUGAGAAGCCCUUUGGCAAGGAUCUUGCCAGCUCCCGCGAGCUUCAAAAGUCCCUGGAGCCUGACUGGAACGAGCAAGAAUUGUUCCGAAUUGACCACUACCUGGGCAAGGAAAUGGUCAAGAAUAUCCUGAUCCUCCGAUUUGGUAACUCAUUCCUGGGCGCUACCUGGAACCGUCACCACAUCGACAACGUUCAGAUUUCCUUCAAGGAGCCCUUCGGCACCGAGGGCCGUGGCGGCUACUUUGACGAGUUCGGCAUCAUUCGCGAUGUCAUGCAGAACCAUCUUCUCCAGGUCCUUACUCUCCUGGCCAUGGAGCGACCCAUCUCCUUCAACGCUGAGGAUAUCCGUGACGAAAAGGUCCGCGUCCUCCGUGCCAUUCCCGCCAUUGAGCCCAAGAACGUCAUCAUUGGCCAGUACGGCAAGUCCCUCGACGGCAGCAAGCCCGCCUACCGCGAGGAUGACACUGUCCCCAAGGACUCUCGAUGCCCUACUUUCUGCGCCAUGGUUGCGUACAUCAAGAACGAGCGAUGGGACGGUGUCCCCUUCAUCAUCAAGGCCGGCAAGGCGCUCAACGAGCAAAAGACAGAGAUUCGAAUUCAGUUCAAGGACGUCACUUCGGGUAUCUUUAAGGACAUUCCCCGAAACGAGCUUGUCAUGCGCAUCCAGCCCAACGAGAGUGUCUACAUCAAGAUGAACUCCAAGCUUCCUGGUUUGAGCAUGCAGACCGUUGUCACCGAACUCGAUCUGACCUACCGCCGACGAUUCUCGGAUCUCAAGAUCCCCGAGGCUUACGAGUCUCUUGUGCUCGACUGCCUGAAGGGCGACCAGUCCAACUUUGUCCGUGAUGACGAGCUCGACGCUAGUUGGCGAGUCUUUACUCCUCUCCUCCACUACCUGGACGAGAACAAGGAGAUUAUCCCCAUGGAGUACCCCUAUGGAUCUCGCGGCCCUGCUGUCCUCGACGACUUCACGGCCUCGUAUGGCUACAAGUUCAGCGACGCUGCCGGUUACCAGUGGCCCACGACUAAUGCCACCCCCAACAAGUUGUAA